AUGCACCUCGCAGCAAAUCUUAGCAAUCUCUUACUGAGUCUCUGGCACGGAACUUUAGACUGCGGCCCAUCAGACAAUGUCAAAACUUGGGACUGGGCUGUCUUUAGAGACGAGGGUACCUGGACUAUAUAUGGAGCAGCAGUUGAGAAUGCCGGACCCUACCUUCCCACUUCAUUUGAUCGCAAGCCUUGUAAUAUCCUGAGAAGCUUAACACCGGCUAUAAAACAUGGGAAUUUCAACUAUAAGGUGUUAUGGAUGCCUGUAACACUACUCUAUGACAUUCUACCCUGGAAAUACUGGUCUAACUACUGCCAACUCAUACAUGGAUUCCAGCUGAUGUGUCAACAUCGCAUCACAGCCCAGGAACUUGUCCAUGCCCAAGCACUUUUAUGCUGCUGGGAGCAGGACUUCGAACUUUUGUAUUAUCAUCGCCGAGAAGAUCGCAUCCACUUUAUUCGCCCAUGUGUUCAUCAAACCAACCACCUUGUCUCAGAAACAGUGUGGAAAGGCCCAUCAAUAUGCUACGCACAGUGGACUAUGGAACGAACGAUUGGAAAUUUGGGUCAAGAAAUCCAUCAGCCCUCGAAUCCUUUCGUGAACCUCUCACAAAAAGGAGUUCGACACUGCCGCGUCAAUACCCUUCUCUCCAUAAUGCCCGAGCUCAACAAUUCAUGCCAAGGCCUUCCAAAUGGUUCAGUGGAUUUAGGAGAUGGGUAUAAAUGGGCCCGACUUUUGUUACCCAAUAAGCAGAUCGCUCGCUCAGCUUGGAGAGAGACCACCAAAACGCAUGAGCAAGUGCGAAUGUCACGCAAUGUGAAGUUUAAAGUUGCUGGACAGUUUCGAUUCGGUGAAGUUCAAUAUUUUACCAGGCUCGCAGUCAAAGUGGAUGAUGCCGAUGAAGAUAGUGACAAUGAAGACAACUGGCAUUUGUUGGACAUUGCUGUGAUCCAAAUGUAUUCACUCCCUGACGAAGCUCUCCUGCAGCUUUCUUCCCAGACGGUCGCUUCCUGUACCCACUCUGAGAAAGUCUUGGCUAUUGAUGUCAAGGAUAUUGUCAGCGUGAUUGCCAUGGUUCCACACAAACCAACACUUCCAUCGGGGCUUACAGAGGAGCGUUUUUUUAUGAUUGAAAAGCUGGGCUUAGAUGUAUCUGAUCCUGGAGUUUGCUACAGUGCAUAUCAUGAUGAGGACGACGAGGACAAUGCUGAUGAUGCCAGAAUUGAGUAG